AUAUAUAUAAAUAUUAAAUUGAAUGAGUACACCAAUUAAGAUUGUGAUGCUUGGAGAGGGUGAGUCAUAUUGAUUUAAUCUUUAGGCAGAGUAGGCAAGACUUGUUUAACUUUAAGAUAUUGUUAAGAUCAAUUUAAUGAGAAUUAAGAAUCAUCAGUCAAUGCCACAUAUUUUGAUAAAGUUGUAGAUCUUGGAGGUGGUAAAGACAUUAAAUUAGCAAUAUGGGUAUAUAAAUAUUUAAUUUUUAAAGGACACUGCAGGUUAAGAAAUAUUUCAUGCAUUGACCACAGUAUAUUAUAGAGAUGCAUAUGGAGCUGUACUUGUUUAUGAUGUCACUUAUAAAGAAUCAUUUCUUAAAGUAUAACAUUCAAAUCAACUUAUAGGUUGAAAAAUGGGUAGAAGAGUUAAGACAAUUUGGAACUAAAGAUAUUUCAAUUGUUGUUGCAGGAAAUAAAUGUGACAUGAAAAAUUAAAUGUAAAUUGAUAAAAACGAAGUCGAAGAAUAUUGCAAAAAGAUUGGAGCAAAACAUUUCUUUACUUCAGCCAAAGCUGGGAUUGGAAUUACUGAAUUAUUUAGAUCUUUAGGCGAAAGUAUACAUUAAAUUAACUUAGGCAUCUCAAUCAAAGUCUAGGCUUAAGAAAGCAAAGGCAAGAAAAAGAAAGGUCUCUAAAUCAAAGAUGUUAAAGACACUAAGAAAUCAAACUCAAAAAAUGAUGGAUGUUGUUGAAUUAACAUACGG